UGGCGCUCGAGUUCUCGCUCGGAUUCCGACGGUCGGGACGAAGAACGACGGUACUGGGAAGCCGAAAAAGUGCGGCGGCUGCAAGAGUUGGAAGAUUCACAAGCGGCCUAUGCAAAGCCAUCCCAUACCGAUACGAAGGAUCUCGUACUCAAUUUGAAAAGCAAAGAGCAACAACGACAACGAAUGCACGACGCGGCCGACCAGCUGGCCCAGGCCGAAGAAACUCUCGACGAACUCGGUAGUUCCAAAAGUUUCCUACACCGCAAGGCCGCCACUCGACUACUGGAGUUGUGUAGACGCAACAAGGGCGUGUACAUAAAAAUCGGACAGCAUCUAGCCAACCUGGACUACCUUAUUCCACAAGAAUAUAUCGACACGUUGUCCUCUCUUUUCGACGACACUCCACGCACCGAUUUCCGAGAUGUGUGUCAGGUGAUCCGCGAGGAGCUUCAACACGAACCGGACGAAUUGUUUGCUCGGGUCGAUCCUGUGCCGAUUGCGUCCGCCUCGCUUGCCCAAGUCCACGUGGCGUAUGACAAAACCACCGGUAGAAAACUUGCCAUCAAGGUUCAACACCGUGGACUGCGCGAAACCUGCGCCGGAGACCUGCACGCUCUCGUUACGGUUGCUCAUAUGGCGGAGCGUUUAUUUCAAGAUUUCCAGUGGGGUUGGAUAGCCGACGAAAUAGCUCCGCAAUUACCCAAAGAAUUGGAUUUUAUAAACGAAGGCAGGAAUGCGGAACGAGCUGCUGCAGACAUUCGCGAGACAGGCUUGGAUUGCAUAGUCCCGAAGAUUUUAUGGCAGCAUUCAUCAGCACGAGUAUUGACCAUGGAAUUUGAGGAGGGUUUUAGAGCGACGGAUAUUGAAGCUAUCGAAAAAGCCGGCUUGCGCAAACAUGAUGUCGCCAAGUUGAUUUCGUCCGUGUUUUCUUCGCAAGCAUUCAUUUCCGGUUGGGUGCAUUGCGAUCCCCAUCCUGCUAAUGUGUUGCUGAGAAAGAAUACCAAGGGUAAGCCGCAAAUGGUUCUAGUUGAUCAUGGCUUGUACAGGGAGCUUGAUACGGACUUUCGUUUGCGCUACGCUUCUCUCUGGAAAGGUUUAAUGCUCGCGGAUUUGGACGGCAUCAAGCAAUCCUGUCGUAGUCUAGGUAUUGAUGAAGCGUACACUUUGUUCGCCGCCAUGUUAACCGCUCGACCUUUCGAUGAGAUUAUUGAACGGUCAAAAAGGAACUCGUUAACACACAAUGUCCAGCCAAACAGUCGCGCGGAUCAAGCCGUGAUUCGGGGUUACGCACAGCGUUUCCUGCAAAACAUCUUUGAACUUUUGAAUAAGCUUCCUCGGCAAAUGCUUCUAUUGCUCAAGAUGAAUGACUGCUUGAGGCACAUUGACUAUAGUUUGGGAUCACCAACCAAUACUAUUGUUGUCUGUGGAAAGUACGCAGCGCAAGCCGUUUACAAAGAUACAUUGCGAAGCAAUUUGUCAUGGCCUAAGAAGUUGAGGGCUUGGUGCACGUACGUCCAUGUACUGUCACGGAUUCGUCUACACGAUAUUGGAGUUUGGUGGAUACAUUUAAGGUCUGCUGGUGUAAGAUACUCUUAAAAAGCGUUAGCUUCUGGUACAGAUUAACUAAACCCACCUCUACAGAUG